ACCACUUUCCGUCCUUUGACCACGUGAUGGCGCUGAUUCAGGCGCCCGCCGCCGGCCGAUGGCGGUCGUCCCUUCGGCGCCAAACUCAACGUCUCCCGCGUCCGGUCCAGCUCGCCUCGCCCAGUCUCCCCUUUAUCCAGGCUCCCUACUAGGCCUCCCUGAGGCGACGGGUGCGCAUUGGGACUCGUCGUACGAUGCGCCAUGUCUUGGUGCUCAGAACACUAGGUGCUGCGGGUGGAUGUAGUCGUUGCGCACGACCCCCUCCGAAGCGUCUUCAUCAGCAUGCGCCACCAGUCACUCGUCUGUCGAUUUCUUCUUGAAUGAGACCGGAAUCAGUCGGCAGCCAAUGGGCGGUCGACGCUGUGCAGACCUUUUCCCAUAGACUGUCCAACCAACGUCUGCACUCUCAUCCCGAUAUAAGUCACUCACAAGCUAGAUGGUUGUACCGAACUCCUGUGGCCGCGGCGAGGAGGGCCUGCUCCAAAUUUCCGUGACCGGCACACAGUGGUCCACGUUGGCCUCCAUUCGAAGCAUGGCCGUGGAAGCCUCCCUGAGCUUUCGUGUGUCCUUGUCACGGCUGCCGAAUGGUCAGCAGGAACACAUCAUCGCCCUCCGAGGCCACUACCGCUGUCACGGACCACUGCAGUCAGACACUGAUAGUCGACGACAUGCAUUUGAAGUGGCGACUCGCUCCCGCCCUAUGUCCGUAUGGAUGCACCGGAAUUCGCUCGGAGUCGCACCAAAACUCGGUGAACCCAGAGUGAUUCGUGAAUCAUUGGCGAUCGCCAUAGCGAAGGAUGGGCCAAACGGACAUCCCGCGCGUAUCAUGUUGCGUACCUGUGGCGUAGAGUCGCUGGUUGGGAGCGCAGUAAAGUUUUCGUCGGCUCCGUCAAUUGAUGUCGUUGCGUCGAAACCGAGGUCAUCGUCGUGGAAGUUGAAACUUGAACGAACGGAAGAAGGCUUUGCUAUGCCCAUAGAAGCCGCCGUCAUGGAACCCAUUUGUCUGACGACAGGCUGCCUGCAACCGGAUGCGUAAACCGGGCAGCGACGGAUCGAAUGCUACCAGAAGAAUCGAACACUGUUCAAUCGUACUUAACCCGCAGAGUGCAUUGUCGGAGGAAUACCAGUCCAUGUCGCGUAUACUUCUCUCCGGGACUUGAUCAUCCCUUAGAGUGCGACAGGACUAAACCCCUUCCCCAAUCUCAUGUUGUGACGGUUGAUUGGGUGCCGUAAGAGCUGGACCGGGUGAAGGUUGCCCAGAGAGAUGUGCCGACAACCUUUGGAAGUGGUGAUAUAAAAGGUGCUUCGUGGACACUACCGCAGAGCGACCGCGAAGCUGUCCCAAGCUGCCCAAAUUGAGCGAGUUCAGCGAGUAAGUAAGCUCCUAGCGGAGUAAUAAUCAGUCAAGUGCGUCUGUUAGUGGAUGCUUUCGGAGAAUGAAUGCCGAC